AUGAAGAUACUAAAAGAGAAUGCAGGGCUUCUUACAAAUUUUGAAGUACUGGAUUUCCUACGUUCUAGAGGGGCUGCAAAAGAUCCCACAAAGGUGCUUGCUCCCCUAAAACCUUCAGAAUUCAAGGUUUAUGACCACCUAGAGAAGAGUGUGGCUCCCAGUCAAACACGAGAAAGCAUUGUUGAGUUUGUGACAAAAUGUAAACCUUACAAGCUUUCAAACCCUGAGAUGACCAGUGUCAUCAACAUUAGGCCGACUUGUGAAGUGGAAAUCGACCCUCUGAUAGAGGAUCUUGAGUCACGCCUUGGUGAAAAUGUGGGUGAGUUGGUGGAGUUGAUUCAGCAAGUGUUUCCCCCUUCUCCUGAUGAAAGUAAAUCUGAUGAAUGA